AUGAAGCUCGUGAGGAAGAACAUUGAGAAGGAUAAUGCGGGCCAGGUGACCCUAGUUCCUGAGGAGCCCGAGGAUAUGUGGCACACCUACAAUCUAGUGCAGGUGGGCGACAGCUUGCGCGCCUCCACCAUCCUCAAGGUGCAGAUGGAGUCCUCCACUGGCAGCGUGGGAAGCAACCGGGUCCGCACGACCCUCACGCUCUGCGUGGAGGCCAUCGACUUCGACUCGCAAGCCUGUCAGCUGCGAGUGAAGGGGACCAACAUCCAGGAGAACGAGUAUGUCAAAAUGGGGGCCUAUCACACCAUCGAGCUCGAACCCAACCGCCAGUUCACGCUGGCCAAGAAGCAGUGGGACAGUGUGGUCCUGGAGCGCAUCGAGCAGGCGUGUGACCCCGCAUGGAGUGCUGAUGUGGCAGCUGUGGUCAUGCAGGAAGGCCUCGCCCAUGUCUGCUUAGUCACUCCCAGCAUGACCCUGACGCGGGCCAAGGUGGAGGUGAACAUCCCUAGGAAGCGGAAAGGCAACUGCUCCCAGCACGACCGAGCCUUGGAGCGCUUCUAUGAGCAGGUGGUCCAGGCCAUCCAGCGCCACAUUAACUUCGACGUGGUGAAGUGCAUCCUGGUGGCCAGCCCGGGCUUUGUGAGGGAGCAGUUCUGCGACUACAUGUUUCAGCAAGCAGUGAAGACUGACAACAAAUUGCUGCUGGAAAACCGGUCCAAAUUCCUUCAGGUCCAUGCUUCCUCUGGACACAAAUAUUCCCUGAAAGAGGCUCUUUGUGACCCUACCGUAGCUAGCCGCCUUUCGGACACCAAAGCUGCUGGGGAAGUAAAAGCCUUGGAUGACUUCUAUAAAAUGUUACAGCAUGAACCUGACCGAGCUUUUUAUGGACUCAAACAGGUAGAGAAAGCCAAUGAAGCCAUGGCAAUUGACACACUGCUCAUCAGUGAUGAGCUCUUCAGGCACCAGGAUGUAGCCACUCGGAGUCGGUAUGUGAGGCUGGUGGACAGUGUUAAGGAGAACGCAGGAACCGUUAGGAUAUUCUCCAGUCUCCAUGUGUCUGGGGAGCAGCUCAGCCAAUUGACUGGAGUAGCCGCCAUUCUCCGCUUUCCUGUUCCUGAACUCUCUGACCAAGAGGAUGAUUCCAGCUCUGAAGAAGAUUGA